UUUGCAGAUACAUUCUAUUUUGUUCAAAAACCUCAUAUUUUGUAGACAGUCAUUGUGGCUUUUCCUCCGUUGGAAAUGAAACCAGUCUGACUCCAAGUUGAUACACAGCCAGAUUCUAAACAAGGCCUGACACCUAAAAUGCAUUGUCUGACCUGGGAUGUCACCUCUGGUAUACUGAGGGAACUGAUAAAACCUUUAGUAUUUCCGGGCAGUACUUAACUCUGAAAUUAAUGAAUUUACAUAUUAAUCCUUUCUAACUGAUUAAAGAUUUAACAGCCAUUUUAAGUUUGUUUCAACAUCGCAUCAGUUCUGUGACCCUUUGAUCUUUUGCUUAUAAAUUCUGUGUCCGAUACCAUCUCUCUCACUGACACCUGAAGGAGUGACACUCCGAAAGCUUGUGUCUUCAAACAAACCUGUUAGACUAUAACCUGUAAAAACCGAAAUAACUGCGGAUCCUGUAAAUCAGGGACAAACACAAAGUUGCUGGAAAAGCUCAGCAGGUCUGGCAGCAUCUGUGAAGGAGAAAACAGAGUUAAUGUUUCGGGUCCGGUGACCCUUGUUUGGACGAUAACCUGUUGUGUGAUUUUUGACCAUUUUCAAUAAGAAUGAAUAUAUGAAAGAAUGUAACUAUUGCCCCUUGAUAUUCGAUGACAAUACCAUCAUUAAAUCCCACUCUAUCAACAUCCUUGGGGUUACUACUGCCCAGGUCACGGUUCGGGCACCUCAACCUUCGGCUCGGAGCUCGGGCUCGUUCGACUUCGGCCCCGAGUUCGGGCUCCUCCGAGAUAGUAGGAACUGCAGGUGCUGGAGAAUCUGAGAUAACAAGGUGUAGAGCUGGAUGAACACAGGAGGCCAAGCAGCAUCAGAGGAGCAGGAAGGCUGACGUUUCGGGCCUAGAGCUGUACACCUUGUUAUCUCGGGCUCCCCCGAGUUCGAGUUCCUCCGAGUUCGGGCUCCACCGGCUUCGGCCCCGAGUUCGUGUUCCUCCGGCCUCGGCUCCCAGUUCGGGUUCCUUCGACUUCGGCUCAAAGCUCGGGGUACACCGGAUUCGGGUCCGAGUUCGUGUUCCUCCGGCUUCGGCUCAGGGCUCGGGCUCGGGCUCGGGCUCGGUCUCCGUCUCCUCCGAGUUCGGCUCCGCACUCGGGGUCCCCCACCGGAAAUGCGGGGUGAUGGUGGUUUAGCGGAUUCAGUUCCGGGGUCGGGAAGGUUUUCAAGAUUGACGAUAGCAGAAAUGGAUAACGGUGGUUAUAUCCAGUUUGAUGUGCCUGAGUACAGCAACUGUGUCCUGAGCCAACUCAAUGAACUACGCUUACAAGGAAAGUUAUGUGACAUUAUAGUUCACAUUCAGGGUCAGCCAUUCAGAGCCCAUAAGGCUGUCCUCGCUGCCAGCUCCCCAUAUUUCCGUGAUCAUUCAGCACUGAGCACCAUGAGUGGUUUAUCAAUAUCAGUUAUUAAAAAUCCAGAUGUAUUUGAGCAGUUACUUUCGUUUUGUUACACUGGAAGACUAUCGUUGCACUUGAAAGAUGUUGUUAGCUUUCUUACUGCUGCAAGCUUUCUUCAGAUGCAGUGCAUAAUUGACAAAUGUACUCAGAUCCUGGAGAGCAUUCACUCAAAAUUCAGUAUUGUGAGUAUUGACUCUGUAGUUGUCAGUACUGAUGAUAAUCAGGGAAAUCGCAAUGGGGUUAGAGAGAGCAAUAGCCGCUUCUUGAAUCCAGUUGAAAUUUCUCCUCCAUAUUAUGGUCAAGUAAGGCAGGCAACAAUUGCUAAUGAGCCACGCAUGGAGGCCACACCAAACCGAAGUUUUCAGAAUCGGACUAUGGAGGAGAGACACUCUGAUCCUGGAAGCAGUGGUAGUAUUUCAGAGCACGAAAUCCAAAUUGAAGGUGAUCAUGAGCAAGCGGAGUUAAUAGUGAGGGAGAGUAAUCCAAUCGGCGCUCAGAUUACAGAAGUCAAAGUCAAAAUGGAAAAAUCCGAUCGGCCAAGUUGUUCUGAUAGUUCGUCAGUGGGUGAUGAUGGAUAUCAUACAGAAAUGGUAGAUGGAGAUCAUGUGGACAGAAUGGUGGCUGUGAAUGUCAGCUCAUAUGGACCAGUAUUGCAACAGGCUUUCUCACUAUCUCAACCCGCGUCACAGUCGGCUGGCUUAUCGUCAACCUAUGGUUGCAUCACAAAUUCAAGUCCCUCUAGAUCUAUGCUUAGUAAUUUUAGAGGUCGAGGCCGACUGAAACGAAAUAUACAGAUACAGAAUGAAGGGCAAAAUGUGAUUAGUCAGUCCUCUGAUGGCGACAGUGGGCCAAACAGGCAAGGUUUUGAGAAUAAUCCCCAUGACCAUGACGCAAGGGAACACUGGUUUCCAUACAAUCAAAGGUUAAUUUGUAUCUACUGUGGAAAAUCCUUCAACCAGAAAGGGAGUCUUGACCGACACAUGCGCCUCCACAUGGGAAUAACUCCGUUUGUCUGCCGCUUUUGUGGAAAAAAAUACACACGAAAAGACCAACUUGAAUAUCACAUUCGCGGGCACACGGAUGACAAACCAUACCGCUGUGAAAUCUGCGGUAAAUGUUUCCCUUUCCAAGGCACUCUAAACCAACAUUUGAGAAAAAACCAUCCAGGCGCUGCUGAAAUUAAAGGACGAGUCGAGUCACCUGACCGAACAGACACACACACAGAACAAAAAGAAGGUGAUGAGCCUUCUCCUUCAGAAGAAACCAACAUGGAGACUGCAGUGCAAGAUGUUCUUCCAUUGUCUCAUAUUUCUGAAUGAUUAGCUUAGGCAUAACAAAGCCAGAGGCGCGCACAGCUUGAAAUAAUGCUACAAUAUUCGUAUUUUGGGGGUUUUUUGUAGCACAGUAUUCAGCAUUUAUAUAAUGUUUCUGGUUAUGAAACUACUAUUUUUCCCCAAUCAAGUUCUAUUUUUUUCUUGUAUCGAUUUUUCCUCAAAAUUGAUAAUUUUGAAUACUUCAGAAAAGAUAGUAUUUGCCUGAUUUAAAGGUAUAGUGUAUUAUAUAAAUACAAAAAUAAAAUAAAUUACCAUGUUCAGAAGAACAGUGAGAUAAUUAGUUAUGGUAACAGGAAGAAAUGUGCAUGAGAUAAUACAAUGAUGCACCGUUAUAAAGACUAAAAGUCAAUAUGACCAGCCAAGGCAUCCAUUAAUGCUUCACACAGCAGUGGGAAAUGCUAUUCAGUCCAGUGUUUCAUUUUACAAAUUAUUUUAUCAAUGAAGGUUAAAGACAAUGUAGUGGUAAGAGGUUAGAAAUGAGCUCAACACUUCAAUGGGACAACAUUGGAAGCCUGGCAGCCAUCACGCUUUGCAGUUCCAUUACACCAAUUGUGAUGAGUUUGAUAUUUAUUUUUAACCCGCAGCUUGGUAAAAUGUCAUUUGAUUGAUCCCAGCUUGCGAGUUGACAUAUUAUGAGCACCCUCUACUGUUCAAUCCAUGUGUAACAUGCUUCCAAAAAUAUCCCAAAACUCAGCAUCUGCGUUUCUUGCUGUCUCUUUCUCAGGUCAGACUUCUACCUGGCUUGGUUCAGCCUAAACUAUUAAAUUCUAUACCGUUUACCUGGUCUCUCUCUGAUCUGUGUUACACUCAUACUGCUGUGUGGAAUAGCUUGAAUGCUUAAGGGUCAUAUUUACUAGUUUCAAUGAUAAACUGUAUUUUAAAAAUCAUUUCAUUCACUCUUGGAAGAGACCUCUCAACACAUUUUUUCACUGAUGUUAAAGCCCUCCAGGCUUUAGUUUAUUAUCAAAAUUAACUGUGUCAAAUGAGUGCAAUCUUUAAUGUACUUUAGGAAUAGAUUAGCACACGCCCAGCUCUGAUCAGGCAUGUACCCAGCAUCUUCAGGGAAAUGGCAUUUGUUAGGUGGACAGCUAUUAUUUUCAUUCAUGGUAGGCCUGGUGAAGGGGCAGCAUUGUCUCUUCUCUAGUGGUGUUUUCUGUUUUUAAAAAAAAUCUGAAAAUAUAAUAAUUUACCCUAACUAAUGGGGUUAUUCUAUUAUUUUGCUCUUAAAAACUUGGCUAAUGAGGAAUGCUUCUUCCAUCUUCAAAUUUAGAGAUUAUUUACUCUGAAGAAAUCGGAUUUAAUGAAAUAGAUGUUUACUUUGCUGAGCUACAUCUCAUUCAGUGAAGUAAACUGGUUUAUCUGUUGGUAGUUGCACUUCCAGGUUUUAUCUAAAUUCAACACCACAAAACUUUUGUCAGUUCAGAAGUUUUGUAGGGAGAGAAAUCAAGGCAGUAUUUAAAAUACUAGGUAGAUGCAAGCAUUGUGUCUGCCAUUUAAUAAUGAUUUUAUUUAUGCAAAUUAUAAUUAGCAGAAGACUGUUAAAUGUUCUAUUAUAGAAAGAUAUUCAAAACAAUUCAAGUAACUUCUGUGUUCUAAGACUGAAAGUUUUUGCCACCAUUCAUGAGUCCCUCUUCUCUGCAUGUCCUUGGUGAAAGAUGUGAAUAAGGCUAACUCAUUUUAAAGGGUUGCUGAUGGGAUCAUAAUUUCAGAAAUCUAUUAAAUUAUGAAAUUAAUAUUUCAAAUUACCACGUUAUUUCCUGUGCUAGUAGUGAUCUCAGUCUAGCACUUAAAUAUAAUUGUGUCUGCAAAAAUGCUUGUACUAAAUUUAAUUUUAAAAAUCUUUGUCUUUGGAUCAUUCAGACUGUAUUGGGUUUGAAACACUUGGGAUUCAGCUACUUCUGACCGUUUAAGAAGGUUGACGGUCAGUUCUUAUGACAUGAGUAGGGAAGUUUCUAGGUUUUUAAGUUAAAUUCAGUUCCACAUCAGAGCUGAGUUUUGGAGCAAAAAUAAAUCAAACCAGUAUUUAAAGUAAGUAAAUGUAUGACUUGCAGAUCCUUUAUAAACAAACAAUAGCAGUUCACGUGAAAUCGUAGUACAUCUAUAUUACAAAAAGGAUAACCCUUCUCAUCCUGCAAAUCUCCCUUUCUCAAACACUUUCUGAAUUAAGUGUUUUGAAUACAUUUACUGUAUACAUUAUGCUAAAUGAACUAGUCUAGAAUUAUUUGAUUAAGAGUAUAAUUGCAUAUAUUCCCAAUGUGGUCUAUAAAUGAAUACCUAGAGGCUUCUGACGUAUGUUUUUAGAGGGAAAAAUAAUAUUGCUAAACUUGUACCUUUUUUCAAAAGAGUCAGUACUAAUUGGAACACUUGUUUAAAAAAGAUUUAUUUGAGAAAAUUGUUUUACUUCUAUCAUGAAAGAUCUUUAUGCAAGUUUUAGUGUCUGCUCAACAAGUCCUGGAAAAAUCUGCUGGUCCUGUAUUCAUUCUAGAUUUUUGAUCUGAUCGCACAUUCCUUAUUUUAAAAAAAGAUCCGAGAUCCAGGAGUUCAGCUAACCAUUCAAUAUAAUUCUGCCAAUUUAAUCUACAAGAAUACUGAAUAAAUGGAUGAACUCAUACUACAUCUGUUAACCAUGUUGAGCAAAUAAAUUGUAUAAGCAGAUAAAAAAGUUAAAAAUGAAUGGAGGAAUUGUGGAUUUUUUCCAUCUUUAAAUAGGAAAGUUUUAUUGUUGGUGUGUAUUUCUCUGUAGUCCAUUUUACUUUGUACAAGCCAGGUAAUAGAAUCACCUAGGAAUCAUAUCCACUCUAAGACCAUAAUAUACAUGCUGUGAUGUUCUAGUUUAAGAAAAAGUAAGCAGUACUACUAAACUUAAACAGUUUACUUAUUACCUGGUUAAAGUCCAAUCCCUUUUUGGUAUUCAGAUGGAAGUUGUAUAUUGGGAAAUGUAUGUACUCCACUAUGGUCAUUUUGAUUACCAUCAAUCCUGGAUCAGUGGACACUUAACAUACAGAUUUUCAGGUUACUAAAGUUUGAAGAGGAUACAAACUCCAAAAGGGACAUGGUUGUGUAUAGCCUCACCUACCUUUCUUGGGGUAUUUGCCCUCAAAUGGUGCUGUUAGAUCAGGUUAGAAUUAUUUAUUGAACCAGCAUUAACAAUUUUAUAUAUAAUAUUUGGGUGUGUACUGUUUCAAAUUUUUGUUUAUAUAAAUUCUUUAUAUGAACCCUGUAAUAUAAUCAAUCUGAAAUUCUAGUCAACUCCAAAGUAUUGACGGGAUGAUUGAAGUUGAUGUUUUCUAGAAUGCAUGUAAUCUUUAAGGAAACCUAUAGAGUUUUAAUCUGUUCUAAAAUCCAGCUAAUACAUUAUAAUUUAAUAGAACAUACUGAUUUAACACUGUUUGGAUGAAUCAAGAGCUAAACUGGUGAUGUCAUUUUGUCUCUUAGAUUAUUCCUGGGAUUUUGUUUUCUGAAGAAGCUAGCAAUUGUCAUAACAAUUUCUAAACUAGAACUAACUGUGUUAAUCAUGAUAAAGCACAAAUUCGACCUAUUAAUUUUCUUUAUGACUAGUAUAUUUCAUGCAUGGCUAAAAUUUCAUGAGCCUAACCUGAUCUGCCAUUUUGAAUUUCUCAGACUCUGAGCUACAAUGCCAAAUGGGCACCCUAUUGCACUUUGCCUGAACUCAGACAGAAUUGCUUGUUGGACUCAGCAGCUACAGGACAAGCAUUUUAAAAGAUUUUAUUGCAAAGCAAUGAUGAAUUCCCAACCAUCCCCUCGUUCAUACUCAAAGGAAAUCAUAAUAAGAUGACAUUUGAAAUGUUCAUUGUUAACGUGUUUUGCAUUAAAUAAAAAUGGAUGUAAUGCCAUCAGUAAAAUUGGAGACAAGCAGGAACAUAUUUCAUAUUUGUUGCAUUACGUGGGUAAAUUUCAGGAUCUGAGUUCAGAGACACAGGUACCAAUUACAUAGUAUAGUGCAACAUACAAAUCUGGGCUGGUGGGCAGGAAGAUAGUUAAAUUAGCUGCCAUUAAGCAUUUAAAAGGUGCUUGUAUGUAUAUAAUAUAAAAAAGACUUUUAACAGAGCCUAUAUUGGACAUCUACCUAACACUUUCUUAAACACCCUGACUCAGACAAUAUUAGUGCAAUAAACACUCAGUCACAAUAGACACACAGUUUUAAAUAAGCUAUUUUCAAAUGAUAUAGUGCAUUUUUUUUUAAUUUUGAUAUUUACGGUGUAUAAUCUGUUUAGGACCAUUUGAGUCAUAAGCAACCAAAAAUGUAUUCCACUGUUUUAUUAAGCAGUAUAUCUCAAGAAGCUUUUUUUGAUUGUUCCGUGAAGCAAUUACAGAAGUUAGAACAGAGCUUUUUGAGAGAGAGUAAUAAAGCUAUCUAUAAGGGAAAUGAUUUGACAUCAUCAGAGCAGAUUUCAUUUUGCAAGCAGAACGGUUAAUUUUCUUCUAAGCUCUGUCGAUGUGAUCUUAAAGAACUACAAAAUGGCUGCUAGAUUGUCACUGUCACUAUCUAGGGAGGACAUUAAUGUGCUGUUCACUUAUUAAAACUCUGGAGAUUUUCUUUAGCAGGCCAUAAUCCAUGAAUGAGUGAAAUAAUGAAGCUAUGUAAAGCUGAUGCUCUGACAGUUGAUAACUAGCCAUUAUGGAUGUAUUUUCUAGCAUGAAUGCAAUCAAUAUUUAUUCAAAAGUAUAUGUUUUUCUCUUAUCCUAUUAGCUGUGUCUGUGAUCAAUUAAUAUUUCAUUGCUGCUUAAUUAUUGUUUUGAUAAUCCUUUUUCUGUGUUUCCAUUUUGUUGCUUGUAAACAGCUUUUGUAUUGUUUGAAGAGUAAUAAAUGGAAAGUUUCUGUUUUUGUAAAUAAAUCUUUUGCUGUUAUAGAA